CAGAGAAAAAGAAAAGGAAAAAACAUGGAAGAAAUGCAGAUGCAAAGCAAAUGGACAAGAAUUCUCUUAUAUCAUAGUAACGUUUGGGCUUCAAUGAAUUUUUGUUUUCCUCAUCUGAAUUCUUCAGUUAGCUGAUUCUCAGAAAGAUUCAUUUGCUUUCUAUUAAUUCAUCGAGCGUAUAGCCAAUUAUUGUUUGCGGUGAUCAAAAUCGAAACUGAGAUGGAGGAUAGUGGCGCGAAGACAGGAAUGUGGGAGAAUUUCAUGAGAAUCCACCAAAAUUCAAUUAAAUCCCUCUUUCAGCGUAAGAAAUCAUCAGCUGAUAACGAAAAAGAUGGUGCAUCUUCCAGUUCCCCGAGACCCAUUCCUCAGCUUUCCCCCAUUGCUAACUCUGUCGUGUCUCGAUGUUCCAAGAUUCUUAAAGUCCCUACUCAAGAAUUACAGCAUCAUUUUGAUAUAGAGUUGCCUGAAAGUGUUAAGCAACUUUUUACCUAUGCUAGGAACUUUUUAGAGUUCUGCUCAUUUCAGGCAAUCCAUCAAUUGAUGAGACAUCCUGAUUAUUUGAGUGACCCGGAGUUCCGUCGGUUGACAUAUGACAUGAUGCUUGCAUGGGAAUCUCCUAGUGUUGAGAGUGAAUCACAACACAAAGAAACUGUUUCUUGCAGUAGCCAGGAUGCAGAGGAUGAGGAUGGGUGGUCCCUCUUUUAUUCAAGUUCUACAAAUAUGGCUGUACAGGUUGAUGACAAGAAAACUGUUGGGCCAGAGGCUUUUGCACGGAUAGCUCCUGUUUGUGUUGCUGUUUCAGAUGUAAUAACUGUCCUCAAUCUGUUUGAUGCGCUCACCGGCUCUUCAUGCCAUCGGCUUCAUUUUCUCAUAUAUGAUAAAUACCUUCAUACACUUGACAAGUAUGGAUCAAGAUCAUUCUCUAUCAAUUUUGUAAAAUCUACUUACAUCUAUAUAUGUUGCAAUAAAUUGGUGAACGAUUUGGCUAUAGCAUUCCAUGGUGCCUUCAUUCUCACAGACAAUAGAAAAUUGAUAAAAGAAUACCAUACACUUUUACGAGUAUCUCAAACAAUACAUCUCUGUGGAAUCUAGUUUUAAACUAUCUCAAAUUAGGACUCACCAGUCACUUUUCUGAUAACACAAACAGAAAUUAAUUUCUGCACUUGUUACGUAUGUGUUUAUUAAAUCACUGUUAACUAGAUACAUGAAGCUUAUGGAUAUUAAUUUUGAAAGUUUUUUAUUAUAAAAAAUAUUAGCAGGUCACAACCUGAAACAUCUGAAAAAUUUGUAAGUUCUAUGAAAGAUACAAUUGCUAAUGCUAUACCAACUUUGAGAGAUUGGUUCAGAUAAAUGAUGUUUAUGUAAUUUACCUAAAAAUUUUUUGCUUCAGAUCAUUUUCUAGAGCUCUUUAUCUUCGUGAAUUCUCUAGAAUGUUACUUUGGUCAGGCAGUAAGAAAAAUGAACUGAGAUGCAUUAAUUGAAUUGAAUCUUUGCAGGUUCUGUAUUGCAUUUCUGGUUAGGAACCCUGCAUAUUUCUUGUUUCCUCAACUUGGUAUAGUGAUAGAGAGUAGUUUGUUUAUUUUUAAGUAGUUCAUAUUUUUUGAACAUCAAGAAAUCACUCAUUAGCUACCAUAUUGCAUUACGGAAAGGACUGUGUUUUCUAUAAACAUUAUUUCAUCUUCCCUUCCAAUCAUUAGGUGCAAAAGUUUAUUGUGACAUUGGAAUUUGUGCAAUUUUUCUCAAGGCCUUUAUGGUGCUCGUGAAAAACAUUUGUGUGGGAGUGUGGUCUUAUUUGUGUCUAUCGGAGUAGGGCAAAAUGAUGUUCACUUUGUUCUCUGGGGAAAUUUCCUAAAACCCUCUUGUUCCUCAAGUAUUUCCUUGCCGAUUGGCCUUUGUA